AAAUAAUAUGUAGUAGCAUUCUGUUUUCAAAUCGGAACCAUGAAACUCUUGGCUGUGACUCUAUUGGCUUUGGCAGCGGUGGUGUCCGCGAGGAACAUCAACCACGAGGCAGUUGUCGAUCUUGAAGACAUCACCGCCUACGGAUACCACCGUAAAGUUGGUAUUCCUCUGGCCGAAGAGAUUCGCGUAGCAGAGUUGGAAGCUUCCCGUAACCCAUCUAGAAUUGUCGGCGGAUCCUCUGCCAGCCUCGGACAAUUCCCGUACCAGGCCGGUCUGCUAAUUAAUGUACCCCUUGGACAGAGCGCUUGCGGCGGUUCUUUGCUAAAUCAGAGAAGAGUGCUCACUGCCGCUCACUGCUGGUUUGAUGGUGAAACCCAAGCUUUUAGUUUGACAGUCGUACUCGGCUCAAUCAACUUGUUUUUCGGAGGUACCAGACUGAACACCAAUAGCGUCGUCAUGCACGGCAGCUGGAACCAUAACCUUGCUAGUAACGACAUCGCCAUUAUAAACCUACCUUCUAACGUAGCUACUUCAGGCAACAUCGCUCCUAUAGCCCUGCCUUCUGGUAAUGAACUCAACAAUCAGUUCGCUGGUGCCACCGCGACUGCAUCUGGUUUCGGCCUCACCAGGGAUGGUGGUAGUGUCAGCCAAACUUUGAACCACGUCAACUUGUCUGUGAUCACGAACAGUGUUUGCUGGCUGUCCUUCCCUGGAAUUAUCCAGUCUUCUCACAUUUGCACCAGCGGCGCCAACGGUAGGAGUACUUGCGAUGGUGACUCUGGUGGUCCCCUUGUCGUAACCAGCAACAACAGACGCAUCUUGAUUGGUGUGACCUCAUUUGGUUCCGGUCGUGGUUGCCAAGUCGGAGCGCCAGCUGCCUUCGCCCGAGUUACCUCUUACAUCAGCUGGAUCAACCAGCGUCUAUAAAUAUUCUUGGACUCUUUGCAAAUAAAGUAAAC